AUGCAAGCCCAGAGCCAGGAUCCAGUGAAGCAACUUCGUGGAGCAAAGGAACCCGACCUGCCGGCUGACUCUAAGGGGUCGACAGCUGUGGAAAGCCCAGCCAAUGAUCCAGCAGAGAAGCCAGCGAACCCAGACGACACCGGAGUUGCAAAGGAGGUUGAGACCGAAACCCCGGAGAGUCAGGCUCCAGAGCAGGGCGAGACAGCAGAUCCUGCUGAUGUUGGAGUUCCAACAAAGGAGAUUCCAGCAAAGCCAAGUGGGAAGGAUCAUGCCGAUCCGCAUGGCACUCGUGUUCCAGCAAAGGAAGAUGCGGAGGAGCCACUGGAUGGUGAAUGGGACGUUGAUGGCAUGAGGGAAGGCCCAGAGCCAAUGGAAUGGGAGUGGGUUCCUUAUGGCUACGUCAUGGAAGGCCCUCCUGAGUCCUGGGAAGGUGAGGAGGGUGAUUGGGAUGAUGAUGAGACGGAGCCACAGGAGAUGGCCACAUCAGGUCCAGAUGCGAGAUCCUUUGUUGCCUGGGGCGGCCGUCGCUGGGGCCACCGCGGCUGGGGCGGCCGUCGCUGGGGCCGUGGUUGGGGCCGUGGCUGGGGCGGCCGUGGCUGGGGCCGUGGCUGGGGCGGCCGUCGCUGGGGUCGUGGCUUGGGCCACCGCAGCGCGAGUGCUUUCACAGCUCAAGCCUUGCACGAGAGUGAUGAGCAAAUGGAAAGACGUGUCAUCCUUGCUGCCGUCGCAAUUCACAAGAAGGCAGCUGAGCAACGGGAUGCUGCCUGGAGCUUCUGGGAGGGUCUGCAAGAAUCCUUUGCGUGCUGCUCCCACCCAACAACGGAGGCUGACAUGGUUGUAUAA